AUGCCUUUAUCUCCAGCUGACCUGAGGAUUGUGCUGGUGGGGAAGACUGGAGCUGGAAAAAGUGCAACAGGAAACACCAUCCUGGGAAGAGAAGCGUUUGAAAGCAAUGCUCUACCCAGUCACGUGACUGACAUCUGUGAGAAACACUGUGGGGAAGUGGAGGGUAGACACAUUGCAGUUAUUGACACACCAGGAAUCUGUGACAGGAACAAGACUGAUGACCAAAUGAGGAAACUGAUGGCCCAGUGCAUCAAACUGUCUCUCCCUGGACCCCAUGUGUUCCUGCUGGUGAUCAGACUGGGAGUGAGAUUCACAAGGGAAGAGGAGAAAGCCGUAGAAUGGAUCCAGGACAACUUUGGAGAAGAUGCUUCACAGUACACGAUUAUACUGUUCACUCAUGUAGAUCAGCUGAAAGGUAUAACUGUGGAGGACUGCUUAAGGCAUGAGAGUCUACAUAGAAUAUAUAACAGCUGCGGAGGAAGGUAUCUGUCAUUCAACAAUGAUGAAAUGAGUAAUAGAGAACAGGUCAAACAUCUGUUUGAGAAGAUUGUAAGCAUGUUAAAAAUAAACACAGGAGAGUUUUACACCAAUGACAUGUACAAGGAGGCACAGCGAAAAAUCACAGAAGAGGAGGAGAGAAAGAGACAGGAGGAGGAGAGGAAAAAAGAAGAGGAGAGAAGGAAACAGGAAGAAGAAUGGAGGCAGAGGGAAGAGGCACGAAAAGAGGAAGAGAGAAGGAGGUAUGAAGAUGAGAGAAGAAGAGAAGAAGACAGGAGGAGACAAGAAGAGGACAAAAGACAACAGGAUGAGGACAGAAGUAGGCAAGAAGAGCAAAAGAAAAGAGAGGAAGAACAUAGGAGAAGGCAGGAGGAGAUUAGAAGAGAACAGGAAAACUCAUGUUUCAGGAAAUGCUUCAGUUGUUGUUGACCACACUUGUCAGCUGAUCCAGAAGGACAACCACUUCUACAGAGAAAUGACACACAAAUCAA